GCUUCAUAGUCAUUGAGUUUCGUUCGAGCUAGAAUGAGGAUCAGUCUGCCGAUACUAAUAAUUUGGCUGGCAGCCACUGCCACGAUGGUUGAGUGUAAAAAACAUCGACCCAAGGAUAAUCGAUAUUGCACCUCAAAGUUUUGUAAAGCCGACAACAUAGCCUGCCAUAAGAACGCAACCCUCAGUCACGAUUGCCAUCACAGUACGAAAUUUGUAGAUAUGCAAAAGUAUAAAGAUACGCUCGAUGGCCUGUUCAAUACGGUGCGAAAUAAGGUGGCCAGAGGGGGCUAUAGAAAUCUACCAGUGGCCGGUCGCAUGGCCCGUAUGAUGUGGUCGGAAGAGUUGGCCUGGUUCGCCAAACUCAAAUUAAGCCAUUGUCGUAUACGCAACCAGCAAUGCAUGAACUCUCCAUUAUUUUAUUAUAUUGGCAGCAUUGGCGACGAGGCGAUAAGACCCACUGCCCAAAUGGCAAUCACCGAUUUGUCCCACAUGAAGACCAUGGUCGAGGGAUGGUUCAGUCAGGUGACUGGCAUACCACGAUCCGACACACUCCGAUUGCCCAGCUUCUAUGCGAAAGAAAGUGUAUACCGCAGCGCUCUGCUCAUCAAUGAGAAGAAUUCGCACUUUGGUUGUGCCGCUUUAACGUACACGUACACGGGCUUUAAGUAUUUUCUAUUCACCUGCACCUUUGCCACCAUGAAUAUACCUGAGCAACCCAUUUACAAGUGGAGCUCAAGGCCCGGUCAGGAAUGCUAUAAAAUGGACAAACAAUACAAGAAUCUGUGUGCUAAGGGAGAGCGUUAUGGCAAUGAUAUGCCCAUUGCCAAUCUACCAUUACAUGUCGAACCCAUUGAUACAUGAUGGAAAUUGUUCUUGAAAUUAAAGACCUAGAUAAAUAAUAAAUAAAUAAAUAAAAUAAUAAAUAAAUAAAUAAAAUAAAUAAUAAAUAUAUAAGAUAAAAUGGGAUAAGAUCAUCCUAAUAGAGAAAUAUUUAAGAACAAAAAUUCGUUCAUUUUAUAUCAAGAAUACAACGGGCUUGCUUGCGUUUCAUAUUCAUAAUAAUAUUUCUGCGUUUUCUAUUAGAUUAACUUUGUUUUUUAGUUCACCUUCUUUAGAUCAUAAUUUUAGACCGGCUUUAUUGAUUAGAUCGUCGUACUUUUUC